AUGUACGUCUGCCAAUUCGGUGUACUACAAAUCUUUGCACGGAGGAAUGUUACGAGAUAUGCUGUCCAAGUCCUCUCUAUGCAUCUUUGGCUAACUGCUCCUUCAGUUCAUCGACUUCACACCCCAGUGAUCGUGAAACUCCGCAGGUCUGGCCUCGUCCUCGUCACCGGGUCCACCGACCCGCCCUCGCUGGAUACACUCCGGACCCACACCAUGCCGCCUCCCACUAGGAUAAAAAUCAUCCCCAAGAACCCCGACUUUGGCGUCCCUGUCGUCCCUACCAAAAGAAGUAUUGAGGAAUCCGUCUAG